AUGCCGGCGCCCUGGGCCGCCCUCGCCCUGCUCUGGGGGUCGCUGUGCGCCGGUUCCGGGCGCGGGGAGGCUGAGACCCGGGAGUGCAUCUACUACAACGCCAACUGGGAGCUGGAGCGCACCAACCAGAGUGGCUUGGAGCGCUGCGAGGGCGAGCAGGACAAGCGACUGCACUGCUAUGCCUCCUGGCGCAACAGCUCCGGCACCAUCGAGCUGGUCAAGAAGGGCUGCUGGCUGGAUGACUUCAACUGCUACGACAGGCAGGAGUGCGUGGCCACCGAGGAGAACCCCCAGGUGUAUUUCUGCUGCUGUGAAGGCAACUUCUGCAACGAGCGCUUCACUCACCUGCCCGAGGCCGGGGGCCCAGAAGUCACGUACGAGCCACCUCCGACAGCCCCCACUCUCCUCACGGUGCUGGCCUACUCGCUGCUGCCCAUCGGGGGCCUCUCCCUCAUCGUCCUCCUGGCUUUCUGGAUGUACCGGCAUCGCAAGCCUCCCUACGGCCACGUGGACAUUCAUGAGGACCCUGGGCCUCCACCACCAUCCCCUCUGGUGGGCCUCAAGCCGCUGCAGCUGCUGGAGAUCAAGGCUCGGGGGCGCUUUGGUUGUGUGUGGAAGGCGCAGCUCAUGAACGACUUUGUGGCUGUCAAGAUCUUCCCGCUGCAGGACAAGCAGUCGUGGCAGAGUGAGCGGGAGAUCUUCAGCACGCCAGGCAUGAAGCAUGAGAACUUGCUACAAUUCAUUGCGGCCGAGAAGCGGGGCUCCAACCUCGAGGUGGAGCUGUGGCUCAUUACAGCCUUCCACGACAAGGGCUCGCUCACAGAUUACCUCAAGGGGAACAUCAUUACGUGGAACGAGCUCUGUCACGUGGCUGAGACUAUGUCCCGAGGCCUCUCAUACCUACAUGAGGACGUGCCCUGGUGCCGCGGUGAGGGCCACAAACCAUCGAUCGCUCACAGAGACUUCAAAAGCAAAAACGUUUUGCUGAAGAGUGACCUCACGGCCGUGCUGGCGGACUUCGGCCUGGCUGUGCGGUUUGAACCCGGGAAACCCCCGGGGGACACACACGGACAGGUGGGUACGAGGCGCUAUAUGGCCCCUGAGGUGCUCGAGGGAGCCAUCAACUUCCAGAGAGAUGCCUUCCUGAGGAUUGACAUGUACGCUAUGGGAUUGGUGCUGUGGGAGCUCGUGUCCCGCUGCAAGGCAGCCGAUGGACCGGUGGAUGAGUACAUGCUACCCUUCGAGGAAGAGAUCGGCCAGCACCCGUCACUGGAGGAGCUGCAGGAGGUCGUCGUGCACAAGAAAAUGAGACCUGCCAUCAAGGAUCACUGGCUGAAGCAUCCGGGCCUGGCCCAGCUCUGCGUGACCAUCGAGGAGUGCUGGGACCACGACGCAGAGGCCCGCCUGUCCGCUGGCUGUGUGGAGGAGCGGGUGUCCCUGAUCCGGAGGUCGGUGAACGGCACUACCUCGGACUGCCUCGUCUCCCUGGUGACUUCUGUCACCAACGUGGACCUGCCUGCUAAGGAGUCUGGCAUCUAAGUCCAGGAUCCAAGC